AACCCUUUCCCUAACCCCGUACUCUUUGCACCCCUUUCCCGUUCAAAGAUAUUUAGUUAAUCUCAAAAAUCUCCAAUCAAGGGAAAAUACAGUCUCGUUUGGCCAGCAUUUGACCGUUGACAGCGAUGGAGACCUUUUAUCGGCUCAUCAAAUCAUUGGCAAUCCUGUUUAACCUGAAUUUUUGGAGGUGUGCAUCGACUUCGAGGAGAACUCGAAACCACUAAGCCCAGUUAUUAGUUAGACGGCCUCUUUUCCCCAUUGAAGCGAAAUUGUUCUUUCUUUUUAAUUUCCACCAUGUCAGAAAAACUUAAGGUAGGCUGACAUUGACACGCUUCAAAAUGGCGAGGAUGUCUCCCAAUCAUUUAUUACAGUAUCAAAGUGGCUUUGGCAACGAAUUUGCGAGUGAAGAUCCGCGUUGCCCGGAUGCUCUUCCAGAGGGACAAAAUAACCCACAAAAGUGCAAAUAUGGAUUAUACGCCGAACAACUCUCUGGAUCAGCUUUCACGGUUCCAAGAAGUCACAACGUUCGCACUUGGUUCUAUCGCAUCCGACCCGCUGUUCAUCAUACCCCGUUUGAGCCAAUGGAAUCAGGGUUCUUGAACUCCAAAUGGGAUGAUCAACAUCCCAACCCCAAUCAGCUGAGGUGGAAACCCUUUGAUCUCCCAAGUCGCGAUACGGACUUUGUUCAAGGCUUGCACACCUUGGCAGGCGCUGGAGAUCCCCGAACUCGACAUGGAGUGGCCAUUCAUAUAUUCGCUUGUAAUACAUCAAUGUCGGAUUCGUGUUUUUCAAAUGCCGAUGGAGAUUUCUUGAUCGUUCCCCAAAAGGGUACUCUAAAAAUAACCACCGAGUUUGGCAAAAUGGAAGUGAGUCCCAACGAGAUUUGCGUGAUCCAAUCUGGCAUGCGAUUUUCGGUGGAUGUCGAAGGACCAUCUCGAGGCUACAUUUGUGAGGUUUUUGAUGGUCACUUCGAAUUGCCGAACCUGGGACCUAUUGGAGCCAACGGAUUAGCAAAUCCACGAGAUUUUCAAACCCCUGUGGCUUGGUACGAGGACCGCGACAAAAUCAAUUAUAAAGUGGUUAACAAGUACCAGGGUUGCCUAUUUGUGGCACAACAAGACCAUUCUCCAUUCGAUGUAGUAGCCUGGCAUGGAAAUUAUGUGCCCUAUAAAUACAACCUGAGACACUUCUGCGUCAUCAAUUCGGUAUCGUUUGAUCAUUGUGAUCCAAGUAUCUUCACUGUCUUAACCUGUCCUUCAACCAAACCAGGCGUCGCCAUCUUGGAUUUUGUCAUCUUUCCGCCAAGGUGGUCGGUGUCUGAGAAUACGUUUCGGCCUCCAUAUUAUCACAGGAACUGCAUGAGUGAAUUCAUGGGCUUGAUCCUAGGCCAGUAUGAGGCCAAAGAGGAGGGGUUUGCUCCUGGAGGAGCCACUCUCCACUCUAUGAUGACUCCUCAUGGCCCAGACGCGCAAUGCUUCGAGCAUUGGACCGAAAAAGAACUCACUGCUCACCGAGUGGCUGAUGAAACUCAGGCUUUCAUGUUUGAAACGUCCAUGGGAUUGGCUAUCACCAAAUGGGCGGAGGAGGUGUCCCAAAAGUUGGAUAAGAAAUAUUAUGAAUGCUGGCAAGGUCUCAAGAAGAACUUUGAUCCCAAGAAGAAGUAGAAGAUGAAAAGCAUUCUUUAGAUUUUGUAGUGAUAUGGUUAGAUCCACAUUGAAAUAAAAUUGUCUUCAAGCCAUAA